GAUGUCAGCGCCCAUAGCAAGUGACAAUUUGCACAGAUUCUUUUUGCUCAGAACUAACUAAAACCAGUGUUCGGCUUAAAGAAAAACCACUUGAAGUGUUGGGAUAACUAGAGUAGAGAAGAAAGAGCCAAGAAAAUUGAUGUAACUCUACAAGCGCCUUCUAUGGCAGAAAACUCACAACUUCUCUCCGCUGCCAACAACAUGAAAAUGUACGCCUUUGGCCAACAUCUUAUUAGAGGAGCUCAGGUUUUUUUCAAGACACCUUUAAGUUAUGGGUUUGUCAACAAAAAGCCGGUACUCCCUGGCCAUGUCCUGGUUUCGCCACUGCGUGUUGUGGAGCGGUUUCAUGAUAUGACAUCCGAGGAGGUUGCCGAUAUGUUCAGGGCGGUGCACAUCAUUGCCAAGGCUGUUGAAGUAGAGUAUGAAGGGACUGCCAUGUCACUUGGUUUACAGGACGGACCUGAUGCUGGUCAGACAGUUAAGCAUGUUCACAUUCAUAUCUUACCAAGAAGAAAGGGCGAUUUUAGUCACAACGAUGAAAUCUAUACACAUCUGCAGGACCAUGACCACGUCUCGUUUGAUGCUAUAGAUGCAGCCAGGGAAUGGCGCAGUGAGGAAGACAUGGCUCAGGAGGCUACCAAACUACGCAAACUAUUUCCACAAUCCUACACACAAGAUUUGUGAUGUCAGGUAAACCUAAUCUCCGUCUUUCCAAACUCAGGUUUUUUUUAACUAUCGAGAUUUUAGAAAAAGGAAUUUUAAAAACAAUUUUAAAUGUGUAAUUUUAUCUAAUUUGCGCAACAUUAUGAUUAGAGUUAUCUAGGCGGAUAGUAUCGCAAUAAUGUUUUCAUGAGUUGACAUACGGGAUGUUCCAUUCAAUGAGUCGAAGCCUUGAUGAAUAGAACCUUCCAACUGUCAAUGAAAGAAAACAUUCUCUCUAUUGCCCAAAUGAAAAACAUUCAUUAUUUGGUUUAUUUAAUACCAAUAUAUUUAUCCAAGUAGAUCGUUGUCAUUGGGUUGGAAGAUAACACUGUCAUAAGAAUAAACUAAAUAUUUAAGAUUGUGAUCUGGCAUCCACUAUCAGGUUAUUUUGUGGUUAAUACAAAGUGUGGUCUAGCGUACAGUAGAAGAAAGGAGGGGACAAAAAUUUGGCGCUAAUUUAACCGAAAUGCAUGGUUUAUUGGGCAGACCUUGUAGCAUGAAUGACGUGUGACCACCAAUCCUCCAAUCAACUGACAAGGAUCUUGUUAUGUGUUCCAUUAUAUAGUGGAGGUGUAAGACAAGACAUUGGUAAUUUGUAAUGUUUUUAAUGAUUUUAAAUUUCAUGUAGAUAUAUACAUUUGUUAAAUAGUUCAGAUGGUUAAACAAAAAUUCAGAAUAUGUUUUAUGAAGCGUAGUUCAGUACAGAACUUUCACAGGAUUAAUAAUGAUGUGAAAGUGCAACAGUCCUAACAACGUCUACACUGCCAACAUUGUGUCAAUGUAACAAGUGGAGAAUCAGGAUUAGUCACUUUGUGAAACUACAAAUGUAACUAAAUAUUCCUCAUCAAUAUUGCUUUGAGUUUACAGUGAUUAUUAUGUUAAGUAUUAUUGAGAUUAUCAUAACAUGGUGUAACCACAAAAUUAACUUUCCUAUAUAUUUGUAAAGUAUGUGGAUAAAAUACUGUAUGAAAAUUGUGUACAAACAACAAAAUUGUGUACAAGUUUUUUUUUUUUUUACGGAUUCAAGACUUUAUGAUAGCGAAUGAACCACUGGACUGGGGUAAGGGGACUAAUAAACAAAUAAAUGCAAGAUAGUCAAACCAUUUAAAUGACAGUAAUGAUGAAGCUAUAAUAUGGUAAUUCUAUCUACUGAAGUACGGUUUAUAUCUAUCUAUGGCAUGUCCUGUGCAGCCACGGUCUACUGCAUUGGACUCAAGUUCCGAUAGCUUAAUCAUUGGAG